AUGGGAAGGGAUCCGAAGCUUCGAGUGAACAACAACCAUUGGACAGGAGCUGUCAGUGACUGGAUUCCUUGGGAUAUCAAACGUACUGCAAGUAGGCCACCGACCCAAUGAGAGAUCAGAAGUCACUGGGCUACUCCUGCAUGCGACAGGAAAAAAUGGAAGACUAACUGUCGCCCGCUCGAGUCACUCGACGAUAAACGGGACCACAGGCUUUACUCGUUGCAGAAUCAAACAGCAACCACCUCGCAUGAAUCAGAUGCUCGUCUCGUUCACAUAGAAGACCACUUAUCGGCUGAGGUUCAUCCUAAUGAAAAGCGGACAAUUAACGAUAAUAAAAUGGUUGCCGAAAACACUCGUGGCAGUUAUUCUGUCAUCAAAUCAGAGUCGCAUGAUGAAGCAUGUAAGCUUAUUGAGAGUGGUGUUGAGAUCAGCACUAAUUCUUUAACCAUCACUUCUCACGUUGCUGAUGACGAAAGUACUACUGGCAGCUUCGGUACCACUGUAGAUGAUGUGGAUGCGACGACAAUGGACGAUGAAGAUGCGAGUGAAAUUGAGCAACCGAGGUCAUCGACGGAUGUUUUACGGAAACCUUCCACAGCUCCCCAGAUCGACGCCGAGCAAUUGCGCUGCGACCCUGAUUUCGCUGUGAUCUGCAGUUUCAUCAACAAGUUUUUUACCCUGAUGAGGAUGGAGCCGGUGAGCUUUUGUCAACUAGAAAAUAUGUUCACCAAAUUAGAGGACGGCAGAGUGUCAAAAGAACUUGUGGAUUUACAUCUGAAGCUAUUACGUAGAUCGAUUGUGAAGACCGUUAGCAAUGAUAGUUUUGAGAAGUGCAUCCUUAAAUAUCUUACCAGCACAGGUCUACUCCCAUCGGAAAAGCGACAGUUGGAGACAUAUGGUUACGUUCAUAUGUCAAUACUUAGUAAACUGAAGAUACUUAGGACUUUAUGUGAGUUACAGCUGGACCAUAAUGCAAGGCUUAAAGAGAGUAUACCGUUAGCCUUACGUGCCCUGGAUAUGAGAGAUGUAGUAACCGGAGUUGACAAAUGUGGUCUUGCAUACUACUGUCAGAUUGACUCAGUAUUUGACCUUCGUCUCUAUACUACUGAGCAGGACGAUGAAAGCGGCUACUCAUGGACCUUAGUUGCUCGUGACAUGUCGGAUCUUGAGAGGUUAAUCGCCAAAUUAAAGAGUGAAGAUCUGGGCUACGUGAAGAAUCCAAACGACAAGCGAGAAUUUAACAAAGGAUUCGACGGUGAUGCUGAGAACGUUGUUAAUAUGGUAACAAAAAAGGGCACCUACGUAGAUAUGUUUUUGGAUGAGACUGCCAUCAAAAACAUGCGGACAACAAUGGUUAAACAAAAAGAAGAACGAAGAAAUAGGCGUGCUAGACUGGAAAAUGUUGGUGGACCUCCAGAAGAGAUCGUGCGAGAUGAAGAAGAGAAACCUUUGGAAACAGAGGAUAGUGACCGAAGAGUUCUACCUCGCCGUAGCGCCUCCCAACGGGCGCAAACCAACAUCCGUAAAUGUGUAACGCCAAAGAAGAAUCAAGAAAAGAAGCCCAAUGUUGCCGAAGUGAACCCACCCGUUAAAGACGCGUUAGUUAAGCGUGACUCAUCUACGCCAGUUUCCGACGAUUCAGAAGGAUCUGCCGAUUCAUCUGAAGGAGAUGGUACUGCGAGUAGCGAUGAUGAAUUCAAGCCUAAAAUACAAAAAAAAUCUGGAAAACAGCAACGGAGAAGAAAAAAACCCAUCGAUGAUGUCGAAGAUGACGAAGAUUCCGGCGAUGAAGACGAGGAAGAAGUCCGAAGGAGAGCUGAAGGUGACUUCGCAUGUGGUUCCUGUAAAUUGAGCGACAACGAGGAUAUUCUGCUACUUUGUGAUAAUUGCGAUGAUGCGUGGCAUACAACUUGUUUGAAGCCCCCGCUCUGGUUUGUUCCUGGUGGUAAGUGGUAUUGCCCAAAAUGCGAACAUGGAAUGCUCAUCGAAUGUCUUACUUAUGUACAAGAAAUGCUCACCAUUCAUCAACGGAAAGCAGCUGUUGAAGAGAAGAAGAGAAAAGCUGCAGCAGACAGAUUCCGACGUGAAAUGGAGUAUAUUGGAGUUUCACUCAACAACAUAAUACCGAGCACAGUUGAUUAUAAGUUUUCUGAGUUCGAUUCUGUAAUCAAGGAAGCUUGCAGGAUGAACGAAUCGCCUCCUCCAGAUGCAGUGAAAGAAGUUGCUCGACCUCAAGGUGGAGCUGGCCGUGGAAAAGAUAUGGCAAAUAUCAUUGAGGCUCAGAAACAACAGGAAGAAGGAGCUCCCAGGGCUUCAGCAGGUGUUCCUCCUCGUAGGUUUCCAAAACAUCGUCGCAGACUGAACGACUUGAAUGAUCUCGAUGAAUCGGAUUCGGAUUCUGAGGAAUACAAGGCAAACGAGUCGGAAGAGGACGCUGAAGAAGAUGACCAGUCGUCUGAUUAUGUACCUUCGGAAACCGAAUUUCGCCUUAGAAGGAUUGGUGGAGGUCGCAAGGCAUUUGCACGGACGCAAAGUGAUGACGAUUUCAUUGUUUCUGGAUCUGAGGACAGCUAUGAAUCUCCUCGACGGAAGAAGCCCAACAAGAAGGAAAAGUCUCGCAGGCGAGCUCGUUGGCAGUCCGAUAGUGAAUCGGGAGAGGACAUGGAAGAGGAUGAGACGUACUCUGAUGACUCGAGAGGCAAGAAGAAGGUGAACAGACGACGUAGCGUAGUAUCAAGCGACGAAACGAGUGAUGAAGCUGACGAUACUUUGGCUCCGGACACGGUCGAUGACAUUGUUGAUGGUCCCAAAACGCGCACUGGCAGGCCUCUUCGCAAGGCAGUGACGAAAUCAAAGACAGCCUUUCUGGAUAAUAGCGAAGAUGAAGAAGCCGAUGCCAAUGAGGAUACUGAAAAUGGUUUAGGCAAGCAGGAAAAUCCGAGAAAGAAGAGAAAAAUUGCCUCAGAUUCCGACUCGGAGGACAUCUUCGAGCCUGACGAGGACAUGGAAAAUGAUGAAGACGAUGAUGAAGAUGAGGGGAAUGCAUCUUCUGAUGCUGUUGGCUCCGUAGUACAUGGGCAAAAUAAUAUGGAAUGUAACAGUGGUGAAUCUUACGAUAGCGAAAAUGACCUCGACCUUAAACCAAAACCGAAGAAACCAAAGCUUGAGAAGGAACAGGACAGCACUGAAGUUCCAGUUGAAAACAUAAAGGACAAUGGCAUUUCAUCGCAGCCGACGAAAUCGACACCGAUAGCCGUUCCUUCUGUGAGCUCACGAACAAAUGUCAACGUUCAGCAUGCAGAAAUGAAACCGUCUAUAUCUGACCUUAUGCCGCCUACUGUCCAAGUGGCUUCAGCGCCCGCAUCUGCGACCAAAAUAAAAGAUCCUCGCGCAGCUUCGAUGAUCCAAGCUCUGACACCGAGUCCUUAUUUGGCCUCUCCGGCUACGGCUUCAAGAGGAAAAGUGCUGUCCACCAGUGUUCCUGUUUCGAUUCCAACAUCUAUGAGACCAAAUGCUAUUGCUCCAGAUGCGUCUGUCGCCUCAUACGCUACGAUAGAGAGAAAAAUAAAUGUAGCCAUGACUCCUGUUGUCCCAAAUCCGUAUGCGACCACAUCGUCUGUGCCUCAAAUCCAUCCUUAUUAUUCUGGUCAGCAAGGCCCUCUACCUUAUGCUGUAGCGAAUCCAUAUAUGAUGUACUCUCCAAAUGCAUCCUCAUUUCCCUCAGAUCCACAGUCUGUGGGUCAUCCUCACAUUGGCUACAUACCGGGAGUGGUGCCGAACCCUUACGGACAACAACCUAGCAUGGCACCCACAAAAGGAGGAAAUCGCGACAUGCGUUCUUUGUGA